GCCAAGGAACAAGCUCUCGUAUGAAGGCUGGUAGCUCAUAUGCCACUGCCUGUCAGAGAUAAUUUUUAACAACAACUUUCUAUUUAUAAAGAAGCAACUUUCUUGUUCUUUUUUUUUGUCUGACAUACAGGAAGAGAUAUGUCUCCUUUUCUUCGGAUUAGCCUUUCGAAUUUUGAUGUUGUUCCAGUUAAUGGAGAGGGGAAUCAGAGACAUUACUGCGCUGUUAUUAUAAAGGAACCUGUGGAAACAGAAAAUGGGAAAGUGCUCAUCCAAAAGAAACCUACCAUGUAUCCUCCGUGGGACAGCACCUUUGAUGCCCAUAUUAACAAAGGAAGGGUGAUGCACAUCAUUGUAAAGGGCAAACCAGGAGGGGUGGUCUCAGAAACCACUGUAGAAUUGAACUCGCUGGCAGAACGCUGUAAAAAGAACAAUGGAAAAAUAGAGAUUUGGAUAGAACUGAAGCCACAAGGCAGAAUGAUAGUUAAUGCAAGAUACUUCCUGGAACAAACAGAUCCUAAGGAGCACUUUGAAGAUGACGCCAAUCAGUUUGCUUUACAUCAGCGACGUGGGGCUAUGAAACAGGCCAAAGUUCACCAAGUCAAGUGUCAUGAAUUUACAGCCACUUUCUUUCCCCAACCAACUUUUUGUUCAGUUUGCCAUGAAUUUGUUUGGGGACUUAACAAACAAGGAUACCAAUGCAGACAGUGUAAUGCAGCAAUCCACAAGAAAUGCAUUGAUAAAGUCAUAGCAAAAUGCACAGGGUCUGCAGUCAACAGCAAAGAAACGGUGCUUCACAAAGAAAGAUUUAAAAUUGACAUGCCACACAGAUUUAAAGUCAAUAACUAUAGAAGUCCUACUUUCUGUGAACACUGUGGGACGCUGCUGUGGGGUCUUGCACGGCAGGGAUUAAAGUGUGCUGAGUGUAACAUGAACGUUCAUCACAAAUGUGCCGUGAAAGUUGCAAAUCUAUGUGGGGUUAACCAGAAGUUAAUGGCAGAAGCUCUGGCAAUGAUAGAGAGUUCCCAACAGGACAGAAGACAGCGGGAUUCGGAAUUUAUUUACAGGGAAGGACCUGUUAAUGUUGGCCCUGCAACCAAUGCACAACAGCAGCCCAUAGUAUUAUCUAUAAAGAAAGAAUCACAAGGUAUUUGUUGGGAAUCACCAGUUGAAAAUAUAAAAGUUCAAGAGUCACCUGCUGAGCUGGAACCGGAAAUUGAACAGUCAAGCUGUCAGAUUAAAGUGACCUUCUCAGACUUUGUUCUUCAUAAAAUGCUGGGAAAAGGGAGCUUUGGAAAGGUAUUUCUCGCUGAAAUGAAAGGGACAAAUCAGUUUUUUGCCAUAAAAGUCCUGAAGAAAGAUGUGGUUCUUAUGGAUGAUGAUGUUGAAUGCACUAUGGUGGAGAAAAGGGUACUUUCACUUGCAUGGGAGCAUCCAUUCCUCACCCAUCUUUAUUGUACAUUCCAAACAAAGGAACAUCUGUUUUUCGUCAUGGAGUACCUCAAUGGUGGAGAUCUUAUGUUCCAUAUACAAAGUUGCCACAAAUUUGAUCUUCCCAGAGCAACCUUUUAUGCUGCUGAAAUCGUGUGUGGGCUGCAGUUUCUUCAUUCUAAAGGAGUGGUAUACAGAGACCUGAAGCUAGAUAAUGUACUCCUGGACAUGGAAGGACACAUAAAAAUUGCAGAUUUUGGAAUGUGCAAGGAAACCAUGUUUGGAGAAGCUAAAACAAGCACUUUUUGUGGUACUCCGGAUUACAUUGCACCUGAGAUCUUGCUUGGACAAAAAUACAACUAUUCGGUGGACUGGUGGUCAUUUGGAGUCCUUCUUUAUGAAAUGUUAAUUGGCCAGUCACCAUUUCAUGGCAUAGAUGAAGAAGAAUUGUUUCAGUCUAUUCGCAUGGACAACCCAAUGUACCCUCGCUUUCUCAGCAUGGAAGCAAAAGAUAUUUUAAUCAUGCUCUUUGUGAGAGAACCUGAAAGAAGGCUUGGAGUAAAAGGAAAUAUUCGCCAGCAUUGCUUCUUCCAGCACAUUGAAUGGGGAAGACUGGAAAACAGAGAAAUUGAGCCACCAUUUAAACCUAAAGUGAAAUCGGCAGAUGACUGGAGCAAUUUUGACAAGGAAUUCUUAAAUGAAAAACCCAGAUUAUCAAGUUCAGAAAGAACGCUAAUAAACAGCAUGGACCAAAAUAUGUUCAAUCAUUUUUCAUUUGUAAAUCCCAAAAUGGAAGCAAUUGUUUCCUGAGAGGUCAAUAUUCUGAACUCGUGGCUGGAAAAUAAAUUCCUUUAAAUCUGUGCACACUGGAAAAGGAGAUUGCAAUUAAAAUGCAUAUCAUUGUAUAACACAUACACUUUUGUAUAGUGUAUUAUAUGUAGUACAGGUUAUAUUUUUGGGUCCCGGAUGCAACAACAGUCUUGGUUUGGACAACAGAGGCAGACCUCUGGUUACUGCAGGCAUGCAGCCUCCUUCAUAUAAAAGCAGAAUUUUGGAUUGUCCCUCAAGCAAUGGUGCAGACCUAAGCACUGAUUUCAUAAUUUAGUACAUCUCAGAUCAGGUUAUCCUACUCUAGUUACUUAGUUUUGUUCAUUACCAUAUACUGUAUAUGCAUGAAAUGCAUCAUUCAAGCACAGAUAUUGAUUUGGAAGUGACACAAUAUGGUUAAUCAAAGCAGGGAAAAACUUUUGUCUAUCUAGAGAUAUUGCUCAUCAAACAUUCAAUCAACACAGCAGCAUGGAUCUGCUUUUCUUUCAGAGAUACACACACCAUUUGUUUUACCAGGAGAUGCAGAAUGGAGUUAAAAAAUCUUUGGGAUCAACCAUCAUUUUCACACAAAUCACUGACUGCAGAAAACCUUACCUUGGAUUUCGUUCACAGAAGUACCCUAAUUUUCAUCCCAACAAGAUACUUUUAUAAUGGCAUUAUUUGAGACCCUUUACUUAUAUGUAAUGGAAAUCAAUCUAUACAUAAAUUCAUUAGUCUUGUAAGAAUGUACAUUGUUAAUGUUCUCAGGAAAGUGGUACGCUUUGUGUGUUUGUUUAUAGUUUUCAGUGAUGCCUGGAAAUUUUACAUAGCAUUGGUAUCCAAUGAUCUCAGUUUUAGGUCAUUCGAUAAACUAUGAAGCUGAAAAUCAUUUGUGCCAUACCUCAUAGUUGUGCAGGUCUAAUAUGAACAGUGCUGAUAUAUCGCUGUAACUGAUCUGACAUUUACAGUUACAUAGGAAAAUGUGUGGCUAGAAUACUAUUAAGUAUAGCAUGUACCUAUAAAAUGUUUGUAAAUAAAAGUGUGGUUAAAAGAAAUUAUGUUAAGUAUAGCAUGUACCUAUAAAAGUGUAAAUAAAAGUGUGUUGCUGUUUUGUUCCUAAAUAUUAAAUGAAUAUAUCACAA